GAAAAGUUUUGGUAUAAAACUGUUUGUUUGGCUGGUAUUUGGUAUCAGUAGUUCAUCAACAACUGUCUUAGAGAGAACAGAUUUUUCGUCCUUAAGUUUAGAGGGAAGGAUUUUAAAUUAAGCCUGAGCAUGAAUUCUUUUGUGUUAUUUGCCUGCGCUACGGUGCUUUUAAGCUGUGCCAAUGCCCGUCCGGAUCUGAGCCUGGGCUAUCGUUACAAUCAAGGCCAUAGCAGUGGAGGCGGCUCAUUUUUGCGUGCCCCCGGCGGCGUUUCGUCCUCCUAUAGCCCCACCGCCUCCGGUAAUGCCUAUUUUGCCUCCCAACCAUCGGUGGGACAAUUCGGAAACUCUGGAUUUGCUCCAUCCUUUGGCAGCUUUGGUGUUGGCGGAGGCAGUGUUGGUGGCGGCUCCGUCGGUGGUUCCUUUGGCAAUUCACAAUACAAUUCCGGCUCAUCCUUCUCUCAAAAUUCCGCUGUAAAUGUUGAAGAACAACAGGCAUUCCUAGGCCAUUUACAAAAUCAUCAAGCUCCGUUGGUGACCAAACAUUUCUAUCUGCACACCGCUCCCGUCGACAGUGAUGAACAACAAAUUGUACGCUAUGUCAACAUUGGUCGCCCACAGAAGAACUAUCGUGUUGUCUUCAUUGAUGCACCCUCGAACACCCACAACAAGGCUAAGAUUAUUGCCAAUGUUGCACCCACCGAAGAGAAGACCGCAAUUUAUGUACUCUCCAAGAAGAACAAUGCUUUGGAUGUCAGCGCUGAAGUUGUCACCCCAGCUCCAGUUAAUAACAAACCCGAGGUGUUCUUCAUCAAAUACAAGACACCCGAGGAGGCCAUUCAUGCCCAACAUACCAUUCAAGCUCAGUAUGAUGCUCUGGGCGGUAGCUCAGAUGUCAGCAAUGAGGGACCCAUUCCAGUUUCAUCGGUAAUUGGCAGUUUGGGUGGUGGUUCUGAGGGGGAUGAUGGUAGCGCCGGUUCCCAGUUGGUGGAUGGUGACAAUGGUAGUCAAUAUGUUGGUCCCGUUCAAGUUGCCCACACCGGCACCAAUACUCAACAAACUUAUUUGCCAGCCAAUCAUAAAUAAGUUUGCAUUUUGAGGUGAUAUUGAAUUGAUAAUUAAUUUGCUUUUUAUUUUUUCGAGAAAUAUUUGUGGUGUUUGUUGUUAAAUUGAUAUUUUUGUAAUGUUGU